GCGCGCGCACCCGGAACCAGAUUCGUCACGGUGUGACGUUGUUGUGCUUGUGACUUGCCAAAUGGAGAUAGAGGGUGUUCGCGAAAACAAGCCUCAGUGUUUGAGGGAUUUGAGCUUAAAUAAAAGCAGCAACAUCGACGAGCAGGACGACGUCGACCACAGCCGGCUGGAAACCACCGCAGAGGCCCGCUGACGCCUGGUGAAAUGCAGCACUCGGUAGGAUGAUCAGCAACCAGGAAGAAGAUGAGUUUAUCGCAGUGCGGGUCCAGGAUCCCCGGGUUCAGAACGAAGGCUCGUGGAACUCAUACGUGGAUUAUAAAAUAUUCCUACACACCAACAGUAAAGCCUUCACGGCCAAGACGUCCUGCGUGCGUCGGCGCUACAGUGAGUUUGUUUGGCUCAAGAAGAAGCUUCAGAAGAAUGCUGGUUUGGUGCCCGUCCCAGACCUUCCAGGGAAGUCUUUCUUCUCCUUCAGCAAUGAGGACUUCCUGGAGGGGAGGAGGAAAGGACUUCAAGCUUUCUUGGACAAAGUGGUGCACAUGACCGUUUGUCUGUCGGACAGCCAGCUCCACCUCUUCCUGCAGACCCAGUUGCCAGUCAGUCACAUUCAGGACUGCGUGCAGGGCCACACCCCCUACUCCGUGACCGACGCCAUCCUCACCUACGCCUCGUCCAAUCAGGGCUUCGCUCAGGCUCAGGAGGACGUCUCCAUCAAGGAGCCAAGUUUGACCAUUUCGUAUGAGUCCAUGGAGAGCCCAGUUCCUCAUCAACCUUGCCUACAAACUAAAGAGACCUUCAGCCCUGAGCUUGUGUCAGUGAGCGACUCAGACCCCCUAGAUGGUUUACUGCAGCCCUGCGAUGACAGUGAGGUUGAGGUGCAGCACAAGGAAAAAUCCUCAGUAAGAGUCCUCCAGAAGAACAACCAUCUAGAGGCCAUUGUUGAGGACUGCGGUGCGACAGAGGUGAGCUUUUUUCUGGGCGACAGCCAGGAUGACCCUGAGAGUCUGAGCCUUGCAGAACAGACCCCGCAGAGGAGCUGUCAGAUCCAGACACCGGUGGAGGUGCACUCGCCCAUGGGGACCGGCUUCGAGGUGAACUGUGAGGUGGACAGGGUGUCUGAGGGUUCAGUAAGAGAGGAGAACGUUACGACUGUUGCCCAUCCAGACACCGAGGAGAAAGCUGAUCAGCAGCAAAGUUGUGAGGAGGCAAAUACUGAAAACAAAUUAGAGAUGGAAAGAAGUGUGAAUUCAGUGGCAGUUUUAGAUUUUAAAAAUGGUGAAACCGGAUCUCAGGAAGGCGUCUGCUCUGAGGAGGAGGCUCUGGAACAUCACAUCAUCUCCGAGGUUAACGGUCUCGAACCUGUUGCAGAGGUCAACUGUCAGAGGAUGUUAGAGAAUUCAAACGAGCCAGACGAUGAAAUAAGUGCCAAAUCAGAGAGCAAAGAGGAGGCGCCGCUUGAGUCCAAACUCCAGGAAGAGAAUCACUAUCUGCACAGUGCGCCACGGGUGGAACGUGGAGACGACGACGCUAUUCAAAAGCAAGUCGAACAGGAAGAGGAUUUGGUUGGGACCAAAGAUGAGAGUGAUGAUAGUGAUGAUGAUGAGAGCCACUCGCUGCCUUCGUCCAAUGAGAGCAUCGUCAAGGUCAGCGAUGAAGAAAGUGACGAGGCGGAGGAUUCGAUACAGACCGCAAAUGGCCGCUUGAAAACGUCUCGCGAGGAGGUUACUCUCUGGUCAGAAGUAGAGUCAUCCAGCAGAAACAUUUUGGACCUACACAUGAAUGGAAAAGAGGACAUGUCCAGCCAGGAGGACAUACGGCAGGAGGAAGACCUGCAGUACCUGACCGAGAUAAACGACUUGAGUAAAUCUCUGGACCUUGACUCAACUGUAACUGGUGGAGAUUUGACUGAAAAUAGUGACUUCAGCAUCUUGGAGACCAGCUGCUCUCCCGGAUUGGCUGAUAGCAAGCGCACAGAGCAGGAAACGGUCCCUGCGCUGUCACUGGACGCCUCAGCAGAAACUCAGGAGGUGGAGUUAACCUGCUAAAUAACACUUUGUGACAUCACCGUGGUGUCGUGGAAGUUGCUGUCUGUCAGACAUGUUUGAUCACACGCACACAGUGGGAGCUACUCAUCGUAUACCGUCUUCACAAUGUGGAUGUUCCCGUCUGCCAGCCUGAGACAUGUCAUGUUACCAGACAUUAUAUCAUAUAAUAAUUCAAGUUUGUGCUGUUAUGCAAGUUGUAGGUCUUACCUUUUUAAAAAUUUUAAUUAAUUUUAAAAUUCAUAUCCUUAUUUACACUAAGAUUCACUCAGUUUUUCUCCUCUAAUUGGCUGCUCUGCAGUGGCUUCUUGGGAACAGCAGGAGGUGCUAAAGUUCACAAAAGGAUGCAUGCGUCUUAGGGUUAAUGUAUCCAUAAAGAGCUCAGGGUUUUAUUGUUGUGUAAACAGAUGACAGUAAGAUUUUUUUUAAAAUCAUGUGUUAUGUUAUAUUGCAUAGGAUGUCGAACAAAUUAUGAUGGUGAUAGACACUUGAAUUAAAAGUACAGAUUCACACUUUUUUAAAGACCAUAUUAACUCCCUCAUGUCUUUAUGUACUUUGAAAGAGUUUUGGUUGCUGUAAUUGUUCCUCAUGUCAAGAGACAGCUUCCUGGUGUGAACAUUCAAAUCCACUUUUUUCUUUGCACCCAAAAAUGCUUUCUGAAGUUUAGCUUAAGCUAAUAGGAGGCUUCAGCAGACAGACCGUGUUGGUGUCUGACAGUACCAGUUUCAGUCUGUGCUUCCACGGUGUUUAAUGUGGAGCUGCAGUGAAGGGACAGCAAGAAAAAGAGGGAAUCUCAUCCAAGCGAGACUUUAACUUUGCUCAAUGGACAGGAGGAACAAUUGCAGGAACUGAAAACAGUUUGUGUGCACUGAAAAAAAAAAAUCACUGGAGAGUCCCGCAUAAUUAUUCUCACAUUUAUGCCUCACUUAAGGCAAAAAUGCAAAAGAAAUCACUGCAUUAUUUUAUAAGUCAGGAUGGGUUGUUUUGUCUACAGAUGAAAUGCUGUGCCACUGAGCAACAUUAAAGCAGUUUAGUCUCAUGUCCACACUGAGGCCAAGCUAAGGUGGACUGAGCUACUUACCUCCCGGGACACGCUGCUCUGAGGAAACCGCUGAGUAGGCAGCAGUUAACCCGAUAUUUACGGUCAGAUAGUGGAUCAGAGAGGGAACGGGAAAUAUUUGGCCUUUUUUAGUCUCAAUCACUGGAUUGUCUUAGUGAUCAAAACUCCUUAUAGAGGAAACAGAGAAAUAACAACUGGUUUCUAUACACUAAGCGCCGUCAUUGUCAGUGAUGCUAGGGGCUUUAUUACUUUUUGUUGUUGUUGUUGUUGAAUCACAGCUUUAAUUCCCGUUAGUCUGAAUUCUGUGUAAGCUGGCUGCAGUUUGACCUCAGCCUUUUUGUUCCUCACACACUACUGUCGCUUGUCAUUCUGAUUCAGUUUGUUGCAUUUAAAAAAGGGACCCAGAGUUUAUUUUGCCGCUGCACUCAGAAACGAGUCUCCUCACUCAUCCUGCGUCACAGAUUUGGGCUCGAGUAGGUGGGUUGUACUGUGCCACUCUGUUGUUUGUAAAAUGUUUGUUUUCUUGUUUAAAUGGCGUUCAGAGGCUGGGCCCCCCUUUUUAAGGAGAUCUCUAUUUUAGAACAUGGAUCUACGUGGUCAACGAUAACCUGAGUGAUGGUGUCCAUGUAAAUGUACAAAAUAUGGUCUAAUUUUAUUUACAAUAAAUAGUUUACCUUCCUCACUCUUA